GAGCUCCUAACAGGUGCUUCUGUCAUCUCGUCUUCAUGUUACAGUGCGACCACCGCAUCAAGCCCAAAGGAAAUCGUCGGAAAAAGGGAGCUCCGAAUGAGCUGACUACACGGAGGAAGCGGGUCCGCUGACUUCUCGGAAGCAGCGAUGGGGUUUCACGUCGUUGUGACCGUAGCACUUGCAGCCAUUUUGAUUUCGACGGCUGACUGCGGAGACGACACAGAUGACGGGGACUACAAGUCGCUCUAUCUGACGCCGUACAUCCAAGCGGGCCAGAUCGACUUAGCCAGGAACUUGAGUCGAGUGAAGUUGUUCGAGGACCACAUCGGGGCAGAGACGCACUCCGGCUACAUCACCAUCGACAAGUGGAAAAAAAGCAACCUCUUCUUUGUCCACAUUCGUGCCCUGAAAAACCCGGAUGCCUACCCGCUUCUCCUCUGGCUUCAAGGUGGUCCGGGACUGUCGUCCCUAUUCGGCGAGUUCCUCGAGAUCGGACCCCUCGGCAUUGACGACGAGGGCCACCUUUUCCAAAGACGAAGCUCUCUGCAGAGGCACGUGAACGUCGUCUACCUCGACCAGCCGGUGGGCGCCGGCUUCAGCUUCACCAAGAGCCUGCUGGGAUACGCCAAUAACUUGGACGACGUGGCCAGCGGUGUGCUCAAUUUCCUCGACCAGUUCAUCAGGAUGUUUCCCGAGUACACGAACCGAACGUUCUACGUGGGAGGAGAGUCUUAUGGCGCUAGGUUCUCCGUCGGUGUUUCUCACGCCAUCCACACCGGAAAGGAGCCGCACGUCCCGCUGCACCUUCGAGGCGUGAUCCUCGGCGCCGGUUUCCUCGGGCGCCUCAUGAAGGUGGCCGACUCGUCGGAGUUCCUCUACGAGAUGUCGCUGAUCACCAAGAAGGGUCGAAAGAGCCUCGCCGAGAACUUCGCCAACAUGAGACGCAAGGUGAGGACCCUGAUCGGCAAACUGGCCGCGCUGCUCCGGCUCAGGAAGACCAUCUUCACGUCGGAGAAGGAUCCCACGCUGUUCCAGAAGCUCACGGGCUUCAACAACCAGGCGAGCGCUCUGUACUCCGAGAGGCCCCUCAACAUGGUCCAGUACGAGAAGUACGUGCAGAGCGACGAGUUCAAGCGAGCCAUGCACAUCGGCAAGGACGUCGAAUUCAUGAAGGCCGAGGGCAAGGUGUCGACGAACCUGAAAAACGACUACUUGACUGACAUCAGUGACGAGAUAGAGGACCUGCUGCAGUCGUACCAGGUGCUCUUCUACACGGGUCAGAUGGACACGCUCUUCCCGUCACGGAACCUGCAGGAAUACUUCCGGUCCCUGAACUGGACCGGCGCCGAGGAGUUCCGGAAAGCGCAGCCGAUUCACUGGAAGGCGUACCCCACGUGUCGUUCCGUUUCCGGCAUCGUCGUGAGGGUGCGAAAAAUGACGGACGUGGUUAUCUUCCGAGCGGGACACUACACCGCCGUCGACGAACCGGAAGUGGCCAAUAGGAUGAUGCUCAACUUCAUCGAGGACAACGCAACGGCGUGGGAGAUUUACGACGACGCGGGAUCGCGCGUCAACACGCCGGCUAAAUUCCCAAAGGGCUAGGCACUCUAGGCACUCAUGUGAUCUUAUGGUGCAUCAUUAAGUCUAGCUAUACACUUUAAUGAGUUUCCACCUAGCCAAUAGCAGUGCGCAGGGUAACCAAACGUCUGCUCAUCGCGACCACUGCUUACGUCGAAAAAGAGACAGAUCUGCUUAUACUCGAUUGCAAUGCUAACGAUACGAUUUCUUAAUCUCGUUUUUUAUCUGAAUAAAUUUGUUUGCUGCCGUCAUUUUCAAAGCUUGUGGAACGUGGCCGGGAGUCCAAUAGGGAGGAGAAAGUGAUUUGUCGUUUAUGAAGCCCAGUUGUGAUGAAUACGGCGUCGACACAGAUUGCUGCAUACAUUAUUCGUGCUGUCUGAAAAUGGUUAUCUGCGAACAAAAAGGCAGCAGCGACAAUAAAAAAUAUUUUAAACUGGAAGAAAUGGUUGUUUUGUAUCGGCCCUUAGUUUGGGAGAGCUUGGUAUAGCGUGUAGUUGUCCAAUAUGCAGGCACCGAGACAGUCGUACACUUUGUCAGGUUAGUAGGCAAAUGAAGGUAAUGUAUUCUCGCGCACGCGUGAGCCUUAUUUGCGUUCCCCGUUGUAUGCGACAAAAAACAUACAGUAUCUGUUUAUUCUGUAGAAGGCUUUGCACGUUAAAGAAACCCAAGUAGUCAAAAUUACUCUGGUAUCUGCCACUACGGCGUGCCUCAUAAUAAUAUCGUUUUUCUGAUACGUAAAACCCUAGAGUUUCAUUGCUUUUAACGAGACCUUCGCAACCAUUGCACGCUGCAAUGCAUAACAGCAGCUCGAUGCAGCACGACUUCGUGUUCAUAGCGAUCCCCGAACGCGCCCAUACUGCGCCAGGCUAGGAAGUUAUGUAUCAAGAAAGCCCUUGUACAUAGAAUAAUAAAGCUCAUGUAUUCAUCUCUA